AUGGUGAAAUCCUCGAAUUGCCUUGCGUCUGGCUGGUGCCACCAUUUCCUCCUCACCUUGGUCUGUUCAUCGGUCUUGUUCGCUCUUCCGACUCAUGCCCAAGAUGGUCCGCCAGCAGCAUAUCUCAGGGUUCCCACAGAGCGACAAGCCGCCUGGCAUGAACUAGAAUACUAUACCUUCAUCCACUUCGGGCCUAAUACCUUCACAGAUGAGGAGUGGGGAAGAAGCCAGAGCCCUCCAGACGUCUUCAACCCCGUCGGCCUGGACACAGACCAAUGGGCCAAGACAUUCGCCGACGCGGGCAUGUCGGGCAUGAUCCUGACAGCAAAGCACCACGAUGGCAUGGCGCUUUGGAAUACGUCCACGACCACGUACAAGAUCGACAACGGCGCGUGGGCCAAGAAUCGCACCGCCCUGGGGCUCGAGACCAACGUGGUCCGUCUGGCCGCUGCCUCAGCGAAAAAGUACGGCAUCAAGUUCGGCGUGUACCUGUCUCCGUGGGAUAUCCACCGCGAUCCCGCGAUGCCAAAGGCCGGCCUCGAGGGCACAAUCUACGACGAGCCGCAGAUCUUCGGCGAUGCGACGGAUGGCGACUACAACGCACUGUACGCUACGCAGCUCACCGAGCUCGUGACGAUGACGCUCGAUGACGGCUCACCGGUCGAGCUGUUCGAAAUCUGGCUCGAUGGCGCCAGCGGCUCGGACACGGUGCAGACAUUCAACUGGACGUGGUUCCGCGACAUCAUCCGCGAGCACCAGCCGGACGCCAUCAUGUGGGGCCACCAGGGCGUCGACGCGCGCUGGGUCGGCAACGAGGACGGUGUGACGGUCGCCUCCAACUGGCACACCAUCAGCCGCACGCAGGACGACGCGCGCUACGGCGAGGCGGAGCUGCAGACGGGCGUGCGGGACGGGCUGUACUGGACGCCCGCUGAGGCCGACGCCCGUAUCCGCGAUGGCUGGUUCUGGCACGCCAGCGAGACGCCCAAGACGGCUGAGGCGCUGAUGGAAAUGUACAUGCAGUCUGUGGCCAGGAGCAUCAACUUGCUACUUGAUGUGCCGCCCGACACGGACGGCGUCAUCCAGCAGGUGGAUGUUGACUCGCUCGAGGCUUUUAAGGGACUGCGCAACGCCUUCUUCGACCGGGAGAUCCUGACACCAGGGCUCAACGCAACCGCGAGCAGCAUCCGAAACGGAGACGUGGCACUGUAUGGACCGGCGAAUGUGAUCAACAGUGACACCGCUACGUACUGGGCCGUGAGUGCUAACGAGACCACGGGGUGGGUCGAGAUCGAUCUCGGUGGUGCGUACUCGGUAGACGCUUUCAUAGUCCAAGAGCACAUUGCUUUGGGUCAGCGCAUUGGUGGUUAUACCAUUGAAGUUGCCGUGGACGGACAGUAUAAGACGGUCGUCAAUGGCACUUCGCUCGGAUACAAACGGAUCGAUAGGUUGGGCGCAGCUGCACCGGCCACGCAGAUUCGAUUCAGUGUCACUCAGGCCAACGCCACACCUCUUCUCCAGAGCGUGCAGGUCUUGGGUGAAAAAUCUACCUAG